AUGGCGAAUGAAUUUCAUUUUGGAGAUAAAGUAUGUAAGGUAUCUAACAGCACAGCGGUGGAAUUAUAUAUUGAAUACCAUCAUUUGAACACAACGGUGGAUACAUUUUGUACCAAUAUAACAAUGUGUAAAGUAGUUCAUUACAGUGAAUACUGCGAAUGGCUCUAUACAGGAACGGGUUUACAGUACCAGCUUCUCGCCGGACCAUUGUUUCAAGUGCUGUUCAGUGUGAUGGGAAUACCUGUAUCUCUGAUAAUGGAAAAAUUCCCAAUAAAUCGGAAACUUGUAAUUGCGAGUUUGAGAGGAUUUGGACUAGGUUUAUUCCACUGGGGUGUUUACGUUGCAUUUAGUAUGGCGUUUGUGAUGGACGUUGUAGUCGAUCACUUAGGAUGGAGAUGGGCAUACUGGAUUACAGCAGUGCCUGGAAUAGUUGUUACUGUACUUAAUGGUAGUGACGGUGAAAGAACCACGAAAAGAGUUGCAAUGGGAAUAUUUGGAUCUCUUCUUGGUGGGAUGUUGGCAGAUAAAGCAGCUUACUACAGAGGAUACGCUGGUAGACUGUAUGUGUUCAAUAUGUGUAUUUUUGUAUCGAUACCUUUAUCUAUCGGUGUGUUGUAUUUAUCCCCACCAUGGUGUUUUAUCCUUCUCAUACCAAACUACGCAGCCAUAGAAAUGUGGGGAGGAGGAGGAGCAGGAGUUAGAGGAAGAAGAGGAGGAGGAGGUAGAAGAAGCAGAAGAGGGGAGGAGGAUGGAGAAGUAGAAGGAGGUGAACAAAUUGAGAAGGAAGAAAAGGAUGUUUUAGAAUCGGAAAAGGAUACAGAUUAA